AUGAACGUCGUCGGUAUUGUGAGCGCAAUACUGUGGUGUUGCGUUGGCCGUGUCAGUCCUCAUCCAUGGGGAGCUCCACGGACUGCAUGUAUUGAUAUGGACCCCGGACAUUUCACGGUGUACGGAGUAGAGUCCAAAUACCAAUUGCAUGGCAAAGAUGAGCCUGGACCAUACACCAUCAGAGCACAGGAUGUGUACGUGCCCGGUGGAAUAGUCAACGUUCACAUCAUCGGAGGAGAUUACAAAGGUGUAAUAAUGCAAGCUCGUCUUCCUGACUCAGAUACACCUAUCGGGCAGUUCAUCAAUCCACCCCUCCAUACAAAGCUGACAGAGUGUAAUCACAGAGACGACACGGUAACUCACGCCAAUGACGGAGAUAAAAACAGUCUUAUUUAUUAUUGGCGAGCACCAGACAAAGGUGGAUUGGGACUUGUCGAAUUUGUGUAA